GUUCUCGGCAACGAUUGAUCCCGACCGCCAUGAACGACGUCAAAUCCGAUACUGCGGUCCCUAAGGACAUUGAGGCCAGCGGUCCGUCUUCUGGGGAGUACAGCUACGAGAACAAGCAACCUGAGGUGGGAGAAACCAAAGUUCUCUCAGAUGCCGACGCCACCACGGCCGGCGCCAUUGAGACGAUCGAGAAGGAGUAUACCAUCGACUCUAGCAACUCUCCCAUCGCCGAGGUUCGAGCCAAUGUCUCCAAUACCGAUGAUCCCCACAUGCCAGUGAAUACUUUGCGGAUGUGGUUCUUGGGCGUCGUUUUCACAAUGGUCGGCGCUGGUGUGAACCAGUUCUUCUCGAUGCGCUACCCCAGCGUUACUAUCACUUCGCUUGUUGCACAGUUGGUCAGCUUCCCGUGCGGCUACUUUCUAGCCAAUGUGCUCCCGGUGAAAACAGUUCGUGUUUUGGGCAUAUUUCCACUUACGAUCAACCCGGACCACUCCUUCAACAUAAAAGAACAUGCGGUUGUGACCAUCAUGUCAAACCUGAGUUUCGGCGCGUCUUGGGCGACAGACAUAAUUCAGUCGCAGAAAGCGUUCUAUCACAGCGAAGCACCGGUUGGGUAUCAAUUCCUCUUAGGGCUGACCAUGCAAUUGUUUGGCCUCGGACUUGCAGGUCUAUCCUACCGUUUUAUCGUGGAGCCGCCGACCAUGAUAUGGCCCUCGACGCUCGCGAACGCUGCUCUUUUUGAAACUUUACAUAGCAGGUCCAACACCAUUGCAGAUGGCUGGAAUAUUAGCAGAUACCGCUUUUUCCUUUAUGUCUUCAUAAUUGGAUUUUGCUGGUACUGGGUACCUGGCUUUAUAUUUACCGGACUCAGCACUUUUGCAUUCAUCUGCUGGGCGGCCCCGAACAAUGUCGUCGUCAACAAUUUAUUUGGAAUGACUACAGGCCUUGGAUUUUUACCAACAACUUUUGACUGGAGCCAGAUUUCCUUCAACGGAUCGCCACUGGUGGUUCCCUUUUGGGCACAGUCAAAUGUAUUCGCGGGAUGGGCAUUCCACUUUGCCUUAGUAACCCCAAUACUAUAUUAUACAAACACAUGGUGGACGAGUUACAUGCCCCUGACGGGAUCGGAUGCCUAUGACAACACAGGUGCCAUCUACGAUGUAUCGAAGAUUGUAGACAGCAAGGGCAACUUUCUCAAGUCCGCCUAUGAAGACUACUCUCCAGUCUUCAUGCCGGCAACUAUGUCUCUCAGCUACGGAAUCGCCUUCGCUACAAUGACCUGUCUCCCCAUACACAUAUUCCUCAACCACGGUAGGGAUAUGAAGAAUGCCAUGACUGGAGAAAAGAAAAAAGAUAUCCACGCAAGACUAAUGAUGCGCUACAAGGACGUUCCUUGGUGGUGGUUCAUGAUUUUGACGGUGGUUGUACUCGUUGUCGCCAUCAUUACCAUGGAAGUUUGGCAUCUGGGAAUGCCUGUCUGGAGCGUAAUAUUGGCGUUCGGAAUGGCAACCCUUUACGUUAUUCCAGUUGGGGUUGUCUAUGCCGUUGCUAACCUGAACUCCAACGUUUUAACGGUCCUGGGCGAAAUAAUCGCUGGCUACUUACUCCCUGGCAAGCCAAUUGUCAUGCUGAUCUUCAAGUUCUACGCCUACACAGCUCUCUCGCAGGCCAUGAACUACUGCGCCGACAUGAAGCUCGGACUGUACAUGAAAAUUCCAAAACGAACACUGUUCACGGCACAGCUCACAGCCUGUAUUUUGGGUUCGAUUACCCAGAACGCUGUUCUUAUCUGGAUGCUUGGCCACAUCAAGGGUAUCUGCGACGCGGACCAGCCGAAUGGCUAUACCUGCCCCCAGGGCCGCGUGAACUUCACUUCUUCUAUUAUCUGGGGAGCCAUCGGCCCUGCACGCCUUUACAGUAUCGGAAAGAUGUAUUCUGGUCUGCUCCAUUUCUUCUGGAUCGGCGCGCUUCUUCCCGUCCUCACCUACAUCCUCAAGAAGAAGUUCCCUACAAACAGGUUCCUCAAGUCACUACACUGGCCAUUAUUCUUCGCCGGAACAGGAAACCUACCGCCCGCCACCGGUGUCCAAUAUACGACAGCGUUUGCGGUGUCUUUUAUCUUUAACAAGUGGAUCAAGGGCCGGUGGCCAUAUUGGUGGGCAAAAUACAACUAUGUGCUCUCGGCAGCGCUGGACUCGGGUGUCGCUGUCAGCGCCGUCAUCAUAUUUUUCACUGUCAUCUUCCCGGGUGCGAGCUUGGACUGGUGGGGAAACACUGUUUCAUCGACGACGGUGGAUGGGAAAGGGACGCCGUGGAAACAGGCUCCAGCAAAUGGGACGUUUGGACCGACUAAAUGGUAGCUUGCACGGUCGGAGGUAGUUUUGGUUCAGUAACGUCCGUCACCAUGAAACGAGGUUCACCGUGAAGCGAGACGGUGAUACUUGUAUGGAGUAGAAGAAGAGACCCGGCUAUGAUGCGUAGAGUCUGCGUGUGCUCUAAGACCGUUGCACCCAUACCCAGGACUCGGGCUGUGAGCUGGGCAUGGAGUACUCCGUAGGGACUGCUUGUAUCAUCCACUGUCUCACUAGACGGUGGAUCUCGGUUCGCAGUGACGGAUGUUACUCAAAUUUAAUGUUGUCGUGCAGGCAAAGCUCACUUGCUUGAUGUAGCCUGGCGCUUUCUACUUGUGGUUAGCCUAGCAUAGUCAGCUCGUUGCUCAAUUGCGCCAUUCCGAACAUGGUCUGCAGUUG